AUGAAGACUGUAGUGCUCCUGAUUUGUCUUCUAGGAUCUGCUUUCACCACUCCAACCUAUCCCCUGAACUACCAAUUUGGGGCCCAUGGACAGAAAACUGCAGAGAAGACUAAAUAUACUAAUUCUGAAACCUCAGAGGAAGAGAACACGGGGUCUGUAAAUAAGGGUGAUGUGCUGUCUGGCCACAGUACCAUAAAAGCAGAGGUACCAGUACUAGAUACACAGAGGGAUGAGCCCUGGGCUGCCAGAAGACAAGGACGAAGUGGUGGUGAGCAUCAAACAAAAAACAGCCUGAGGAGCAUUAACUUCCUUACUCUGCAUGGUAAUCCAGGCUUGGCUUCUGAUAACUGGGAAAGCAACUCUGGCAGCAACAGGGAACAGCUCAGCUCUGAGCACCACCAGCCCAGGAGGCACAAGAAGCACAGCAGCAUGGCUGGUCAGCAGGCUCUGAGAGUAGAAAGUCCAGCGGAUGCUCUUGGUCUGGUUCGUGAACUCAACACAUGGAAGUACAAUAAAAACACAGUUGGCCUAGAUGAAAACAACAGUGAAAGUGAUGAAGUGGAAGCAGGGGAAGAAGAAGAUGAAGAAUGGGGUGAAGAAACUGAUUAUAGGGAUAUGAAGCACAGAGCACAUGGGACAAGUCACAGAAGCCAAUACAGGAGCUGGCAAAAUGAAAACAGCCGGCCAUCCGGUGAAUUCUUGAGAGAUUCCAGACUACCAGUGCAUAUAACCAAGAGACAUAGUGAGAAAUUCAGCACAGAGGAGGAAAGUCAGGAAAAACCUUACAAGGAAGGAAAACUUCUCUCAAAGAAAAAUCAUAAUGAGGAUCAAGGUGAAAAAAGACAAAGCCAAAAAAGCAAAGAGCACUUUCAAGUAAACGAUCAGCACAAACAAGAAGCAGUGAUGAAAAGGCAGGAUAAGGAGGGCAGCAAUGCUGAGGAGGAUGAUAAUGAUAGUGGUGAUGAUGGUGAGGAAGAUCUCAGCAAUGUCUGGAGGGAAGCAGUCUACGAGGAAGAGGAGAGAAUGCAAAGCAAUGACCAGGACAGCAUCAGUAACAAGCAAAAAGAGGAAGGAACUGCUGGAGAUGACAGUGGAGUUUAUAGGGAGAUGGAAGAUUACCAAGGUGACAAAAUUAAAGACAUUACUCACUCCGAAGAUGAUCAUUACCACUAUGAGCCAUCUAAUUCCAGCAGCAAGAGACAAUUGCAAAGAAGUAGCUCUGCUGAGAACAUGAAUUCAACGGAAAGUGAGGAUGAGGUUAAGACCACAGGAGGUUCAUAUAAUGAGGAAAGUGCAAGGAACAGCACUAGGAAGGCUCUCUCGGAUCUUUGUAGGAACUUCCACUGCAAAAGAGGAAAAGUCUGCCAAGCAGACAAGCAAGGAAAACCCAGCUGUAUUUGCCAAGAUCCUGCUGCUUGCCCUUCCACGAAAGAUUAUGAGCGUGUUUGUGGAACAGACAAUAAGACUUACGAUGGCACAUGCCAACUCUUCGGCACCAAAUGUCAACUUGAAGGGACAAAAGUGGGACGCCAGCUGCACCUAGACUAUAUGGGCGCCUGCAAAUACAUACCCCACUGCACUGAUUAUGAAGUGGAUCAGUUCCCUCUCCGUAUGCGAGACUGGCUCAAAAACAUCCUUAUGCAGUAUUAUGAACGUGAUCAGGAUAAAUCUGGAUUUCUGACUGAAAAGCAAAGAAAUAAGGUCAAAAAAAUAUACCUGAAUGAGAAGCGCCUCGUCUCUGGUGAGCAUCCAGUUGAGCUUCUCCUGCAUGACUUUGAGAAAAACUACCACAUGUACGUGUAUCCUGUGCACUGGCAAUUUUAUCAGCUUGACCAGCACCCCACUGACAGAUCACUGACGCACUCAGAGCUUGCUCCUUUGAGAGCCUCCCUCGUUCCCAUGGAACACUGCAUAACACGUUUCUUCCAAGAGUGUGAUGGAGACCAAGACAAACUUAUCACUUUGAAGGAAUGGUGCCACUGCUUUGGGAUUAAGGAAGAAGACAUAAAUGAAAGUCUCCUGUUCUGAGCCCGGCUGAGCAGAGUCCCUGUACAGUGCUACAGCUUGUCAAAUGUGAUGCCCACUCCCGACUGCAAUUAACAGCUCUAUAAUUUUCAGUAAUAAGUUGGCAUAAGAUUCUUGGAGGCAGAAUGAGUUACCCUCAGAUAACACACGCGCCUAAUCGUUGCAAAUUCAUUAACAGCAGUAGUGUUUAAGAACUCUAAGUAGCUCAUACCUGAACAGUGUUUUCUUCUGCAUGUACCAAUAAACUCUUAG